AUGGUCACCGACACCGUUUUCACCCUUCGCCGCUUCAUAAAGUGGCAUGAUUUGUUUGAAGUUCUCAUCAAUGCUCGUCGUUUCCUUCAUCGCACUUUUAACCUGCUGCUCAACCCCCUUAACUUUGUUCAAAAUUUCAUUGUCCUGGUUGCCGGGGGUGGAAGGUUGAUGAUCAUUUUUCGCCUCUUUUUCCGCCUCUCCCAGAUUAUCGUCCAGCGUCCUAGUCAGGCUGACGACGCUGUCCAAUUCCUGUGCGAUGCUUCUGUUGCCGCCCACCUUUGCACCGCCGCCGAGAAAUACAGAUUCCAGUUCGUUGCCCACUUGCCGCACUGUAGAGGUGAGCGCGCACAUUAUCAAUUCCGCGGCGGCUUUUUUGCCACACUCUCCAUUUUUGCAUUUUGUGCAUUGUGCGUCGCACUCGCAGACGCAAUUUUUAAUAUUGGCGACGAGCCGUCCCACGUUCAACGCCUUUUCCUUUACAUAGUCGACUGUUUUUCGUUCAGCAGUAUAAAGCUCUUUAUCCAGCGCCGUGGCAAUUUCUUCGCAAAGCCUUUGGACAGCUUGAAUACUUUCAGUGAUACCGCCGCUGACGAUAUUAACAGAUUUGAACGCCUCUUUGGCUACACUAUUAACAUCAUCGCUGAGUCUCGUUUUCAUUCCAAUUGCGAAAGCACUGAUGUUACCCGUCAUAUUAUGCCCAUGCUUCCACCCGAGUAUCCUCCUCACGGUGCCGUUGUGUUUUAA